AUCGCCGGAGCAGCGUGUAGACUACCCGGUGGUAUCGACAGUCUGGACAAGCUCUGGUCGGUUCUUUUGCAUCCAGAGGACUUCGCUGCUCAAUUGGGGACUGCAGCCCCAUCUUCUCGCUGGAAGGCGGACUUGAAUGACGAACUUCCGAUGGGUUGGCUAAGCGAACCAUUACUAGACGACGACAUAUCCUUUUCGGAAUUUUUCAAUAUAUCCCCUGCAGAUGUGAAAUGCAUGUCCCCGAAUGCAAGACUUGUGCUCCAGCUGGCAUAUAAUGCGAUUGAAGAUGCUGGAAUAGCUCCUCGAAGCCUGGUCGGCCAAAAAUGGUCUGUCUAUACCAGCACCAACGACUCGUGUUGGCGAGAAAUGAAACAAGGCGAUCCGGGUCCUGAAGGUGUCAGAACCUUGAUCGGGGCGGCGUCUGACUUAGCAGGGGCAAGACUCUCCUAUUUCUUAGACCUGAGAGGCCCCGCGAUCGAAGUGAAGACAACCUGCUCAAGCAGUGCCGUUGCCGUUCACCAAGCGUGUUCCGCCAUCAGAGCGGGAGAGUGCGACGGCGCAAUAGUAGUAGCUGCUGUUACACAUUUCUCGCCUGACGCGGCCAGAAUUCGUAGGAAUACUGGUAUAGGGUCCCUGACAGGCAGAAGUCUGCCGUUCUCGAAGGACGCCGAUGGAUUUCUGCCUAGUGAAGGGGCCGCCGCUUUAGUCAUUCAGAAGAGCUCUGACUGCGUGACUCCACCAUAUGCAAUAAUUCGCGCUACGGCUCUCGGACAAGACGGGAGGUCUCACGGGUUCUUCUCUCCGAACGGCGUAGCGCAAGCAAAACUUCUUAUGUCGGCUCUCAAGAAUGCUCAAUGUACUUCUGAUGAUAUCGGAUACCAUGAAGCUCACGGCACUGGUACGCCUGUUGGUGAUACAAUUGAACUAGAGGCCAUAAAGCGGGUAUACGGGUCUUCGCGAAGUCAUCCACUCCUUGUCGGAUCUGUGAAAGGCGUCAUUGGCCACACGGAGGAAUGCUCUGGGAUAACAAGCAUACUGAAAGUCAUACUGUGCUUCCAAAAUAAUGUCGUCACGCCACAGCCAAUGCUGGAGUCGCUCAAUCCUUCCAUUGCAUCCACUCCCAACAUCGUCAUAGCUCAGCGGGUGGAGCCGUUCGUGAAACACCAUGGUCCUCGCCUCUCCUCAUUGUCUUCUUUUGGGCUUUCUGGA